GGAGGACGGGUGUCACGGAGUCACGGGGUGGAAGGGAUCAGUGUGGGUCGUAUGGUCCAGCCUCCCUGCUCCAGCAGGGUCGUCCCAGAGCACAUGGCACAGGGUUGCGCCUAGAUGGUUCUUGAAUAUCUCCACUGGGGAAGGCAAUGCGUUCCAGUGCUCGGUCACUGCACAGUAAAGAAGUUCUUCCUCGUGUUCAGGUGGAACUUCCUGUGCAUCAGUUUUUGCCCUUUGCUUCUUGUCCUGUUGCUUGGCACCGCCGAGAAGAGCCUGGCUCCAUCCUCUUGACACCUCUGUUUUAGGUACUUAAAGACAUUGAUGAGGUCCUCUCUCAGUCAUCUUUUCAAGGUGUGUCGGAGCCCUCUUGCUCUCAGAGGUGUGUCUUCAGGGAGAGGCGAGUUUGUUUGGUCUCUUUUAGGGAACCAGUGUUGCUUUGAUGUGCAACGGUCCCCACCAGUGCAAUAAAUUUCCUCUUCUAGAUGACAGGAAAAGGGGAGUUUGUGCUUUUUUGGUGGUUUUGUACUUACAUAACUUUAAAUAAAAAUUGGAUGUGACUAGAGUUUGCAGUGGAGGGCAAUAAUUCAGGCAUUUAAAAUAGUUUCUUCUAUUUUUUGAAUUUCUUUUUCCGGCUAUGAUUCUGUGCAGUCUGAAGGAGUGACAUUAAGGCAGUAGAACCAGAGCAGUUCUCUGGUGUUGAGAAGAUCUUAGAGCCUAUUUAAGAGAGCUGAUAAAGAAAACCUUUUCUUUGAAUGCUAUGACAUAUUAAAAAGAAACACACUUAAAGACAAGGCACUGUGGUACAGUGACCUUUGCUUUAAUUAAGAGUUUAGCUCAGCCUGUUUAAAUAAAAUAUGUAUGUAAAUGUUAGCAAAGUCUGAAACAGUUUACUGUUACAAGCGUGAACUGUGUAAGAGCAUGACAGGAGAACUAAAGCUAAAUCGAUUCAGUAUGUAAUGGAUUAGAAUUACUAAUAACAAAAGGUUAUACUAUUGCCAUAUGAAAUAAUGGAAGUUGACUUUCUUUUUCCCCCUUUUUAAAAAUUUUUGAGAACCUUUACAAAGUUGGAGGGUACUGAGCAGGUAGAGGCUGACUGGAAGGAACAAGUGACUUUAUACCAUUGUGGCUGCUACUUCCUAGAAACGUGGGAUUCUCACUUGCUUUGGCCUUUGAUUGUUCUGGAGAGGGAACGAAUACCCCUGCCACCAAUUCCAGUGGCUUCCACUAAGCCCUGUGUGUGUAAGGAGAGUCUUAGGGUCCUCUUGAUUCCUUCUCUUUGGUGUCAGUCCUUUUCCCCUCUGUUUCUUUUCCUUUCUCCCUGCAGUUCACCAGAAGUUGUCUGCUUUCUCUCAGCAAGAGCUACAUCUUUUACUGCAGUGGCACCAGAAUGCAGCUGAGAGUAGUGCUCUGAGCAGUCCAGGUUGGCCAUGUUGCACUGUAGCAGGUGAGCCAUGUCUUUCCAUUCUGGACGAGGAUGUCCCCGUGGUCAGGGGGGACCAGGAGCAAGAACUUCAACACAGACCUACCGCCCUCAGAACCUACGGCAGCUUCACCCACAGCAGCCCUCUGUACAGUACCAGUAUGACCAGCAAACUGCCCCUCCAACAACCUAUUCAAACCCUCCAGCCACUGGUUACAUGCCUCCCAGGCCAGACUUUGUGCCCUAUCCUCCUCCAGUGCCCCCUUCCACACAGAAUCCCAUUAGCCAGUGUCCCAUGAGGCCACCAUUUCCGAACCAUCAGAUGAGGCAGAGCUUCCCAGUGCCUCCAUGUUUCCCUCCCGCUCCGCCACCAGUGCCAAAUCCUAGCAACACUCCUGUGCCAGGAACUCCUGCUGGACAAAGCACCUUUCCUUACAUGAUGCCUCCUCCCACAGUACCGCACCCUCCUCCCCCACCAGUCCUGCCACAACAAGUCAACUACCAGCCUGUGUACUCCACGGGAUACUCCCAGCAGUCGUUCCCGCCUCCUAGCUUCAACAGCUAUCAGCACAACUCCGGCUCCUUCCAGAGCAGCACUGCCAGCAGCAGUGGUGGCAGCAGCCAUUUCCGGCACACGGGUCAGUACCAGGGGGAGAAGCCUCAGAGUGAUAGGCGGUCUCCAGACAGGAGCAAGCACUACGACGAGCACCGACAUCGCGAACACGGUCACAUCCACGGGGACAGGCAUCGGUCUGCUAACCAUGGGGAUCGUCGGGAUCGAGGCCGGAGUCCAGAUAGGAGGAGGCAGGAGAGCAGUCGGCACCGGGCAGAUUAUGACAGAGGAAGGAUAUCGCCCCAUCACAGAAGUUACGAGCGAAAUAGGGAGCGGGAGAGGGAGAGGCAUAGGCAUCGUGACAGCAGAAGAUCACCAUCACCAGACAGAUCCUACAAAAAAGAUUACAAGAGAGCAGGAAGCCGAUCUCCAAGCAGAGAGAGAAAGAGACCCCGAUGGGAGGAGGACAGAGAAAGGUGGUCUGAGAACCAGAGCUCCAGCAAAGAGAAAAGUUAUACUGCUGUCAAAGACAAAGAAUCAGAGGAGAAUGCAUCUGAAAAAAAUGAAGAGGAAGAUGAGGAAUUACUUAAGCCAGUCUGGGUUCGCUGUACCCAUUCUGAAAACUAUUAUUCCAAUGACCCCAUGGAUCAAGUGGGGGACUCUACUGUGGUAGGAACAAGCAAGCUCCGAGAUCUGUAUGAAAAAUUUGAUGAGGAGUUAGGAAAGCGACAGGCAAAGGCCAAAGCAGCCAGACCACCAUGGGAGCCACCAAAGACUAAGCUGGAUGAAGAUUUAGAGAGCUCCAGUGAGUCAGAGUGUGACUCUGAAGAUGACAGCAGCUGCUCUAGCAGUUCAGAUUCAGAUGUUAUUGACGUCAUCGCAGAAAUUAAGCGUAAAAAAGCACACCCUGAUCGUCUCCAUGAAGAACUGUGGUACAAUGAUCCAGGGCAGAUGAAUGAUGGACCUCUGUGCAAGUGCAGUGCUAAAGCUCGACGAACGGGAAUAAGACAUGGCAUUUAUCCUGGCGAAGAGCCCAUUAAACCGUGUCGCCCCAUGACCAAUAAUGCUGGAAGACUAUACCACUACCGAAUUACUGUGUCACCUCCCACAAACUUCUUAACAGACAGACCUACUGUUAUUGAGUAUGAUGACCAUGAAUAUAUCUUUGAAGGGUUCUCAAUGUUUGCACAUGCACCACUAACAAACAUUCCUCUGUGUAAAGUAAUCAGAUUUAACAUUGACUAUACAAUUCAUUUUAUUGAGGAGAUGAUGCCUGAGAAUUUUUGUGUGAGAGGUCUUGAGCUGUUCUCUUCAUAUCUAUUCAAAGAUAUUUUGGAGCUGUAUGACUGGAAUCUUAAAGGUCCUUCACUUGAAAAUGAUUCUGUUUCCUGUCCCAGGUAUCACUUCAUGCCACGGUUUGUGAGAUUUCUUCCAGAUGGAGGAAAAGAAGUACUGUCAAUGCAUCAGAUUCUUCUCUACUUGUUACGGUGCAGUAAAGCUCUGGUGCCUGAAGAGGAGAUUGCCAACAUGCUUCAGUGGGAAGAACUGGAAUGGCAGAAAUAUGCAGAAGAGUGCAAAGGGAUGAUUGUUACCAGCCCUGGCAUGAAACCCAGCUCAGUUCGUAUUGAUCAGCUGGACCGUGAACAGUUCAAUCCUGAUGUAAUUACUUUCCCUAUUAUUGUGCACUUUGGGAUACGACCUGCUCAACUCAGUUAUGCUGGAGAUCCUCAAUACCAAAAGCUGUGGAAAAGUUAUGUGAAGCUGCGUCACCUACUGGCUAAUAGUCCCAAAGUCAAACAGGCUGAUAAACAGAAAUUAUCACAAAGAGAGGAAGCACUGCAAAAAAUUCGUCAGAAGAACACAAUGAGACGUGAAGUGACUGUCGAGUUGAGCAGCCAGGGAUUCUGGAAAACAGGGAUACGCUCUGACGUCUGCCAGCAUGCAAUGAUGCUUCCUGUCCUCACCCACCAUGUCCGCUACCAUCAGUGUCUGAUGCAUUUGGACAAAUUGAUAGGCUACACUUUUCGAGAUAGGUGUUUGCUGCAGCUUGCCAUGACUCAUCCAAGCCAUCACUUAAAUUUUGGAAUGAAUCCAGAUCAUGCCAGAAAUUCCUUAUCCAACUGUGGGAUUCGACAGCCAAAGUAUGGAGAUAGAAAAGUUCACCAUAUACACAUGAGAAAAAAAGGGAUAAACACCCUGAUAAAUAUUAUGUCCCGUUUGGGACAGGAUGAUCCAGCUCCUUCCAGGAUUAACCACAAUGAGCGUUUAGAAUUUCUGGGAGAUGCUGUGGUGGAGUUCUUAACAAGUGUCCACUUAUACUACCUGUUUCCCACUCUGGAGGAAGGAGGAUUAGCUACAUACCGCACUGCCAUCGUACAGAACCAACACCUGGCCAUGCUGGCGAAGAAACUGGAACUAGAACGAUUUAUGCUUUAUGCUCAUGGUCCAGACCUUUGCAGGGAAUCGGAUCUCCGUCAUGCCAUGGCCAACUGCUUUGAGGCCCUAAUAGGAGCUGUUUAUCUAGAGGGGAGCCUAGAAGAAGCAAAACAAUUAUUUGGACGUUUGCUCUUCAAUGAAAAGGACCUGCGGGAUGUAUGGCUUAAUUAUCCACUACACCCACUUCAACUGCAGGAGUCCAAUACUGACAGGCAACUCAUUGAGACCUCUCCAGUUCUUCAAAAGCUUACAGAGUUUGAAGAGGCAAUUGGAGUCAUCUUCACUCACGUUCGGCUUCUAGCACGUGCGUUCACUCUGAGGACAGUAGGCUUUAACCAUCUGACUCUAGGCCACAACCAGAGGAUGGAAUUCCUGGGUGACUCCAUAAUGCAGCUGGUAGCCACAGAGUAUUUAUUCAUACAUUUCCCUGAUCAUCAUGAAGGGCACUUAACGCUGUUGAGAAGUUCUUUGGUGAACAACAGGACGCAGGCCAAGGUGGCAGAAGAGCUGGGUAUGCAAGAAUUUGCCAUCACUAAUGACAAGACAAAAAGACCUGUAACUCUUCGAACUAAGACUUUGGCUGAUCUCUUGGAAUCCUUUAUUGCUGCCCUGUACAUUGAUAAAGAUUUGGAAUAUGUUCACACUUUCAUGAAUGUAUGCUUUUUUCCACGGCUAAAGGAGUUUAUUUUAAAUCAAGAUUGGAAUGAUCCUAAAUCUCAGCUUCAACAGUGCUGCUUGACUCUCAGGACAGAAGGAAAAGAGCCAGACAUUCCUCUUUACAAGACUUUGCAGACAGUGGGACCUUCUCAUGCCAGGACAUACACAGUAGCUGUGUACUUCAAAGGGGAAAGAAUAGGAUGUGGUAAAGGUCCAAGUAUUCAGCAAGCAGAAAUGGGAGCUGCAAUGGAUGCACUUGAAAAAUAUAACUUUCCCCAGAUGGCCCAUCAGAAACGGUUCAUUGAACGGAAGUACAGACAAGAGUUGAAAGAAUUGAGGUGGGAAAGAGAGCAUCAAGAGAGAGAGCCAGAGGAGACUGAAGAAGCAAGGAAAUAAAAGGAGGGCACAGAAGCAGUGGCAUAUUUACUUACUUAAUAACUCUGACUGUGGCCUAUGGAGACCUAACCUACUUUCUUGCAGAUGGUGAAUGAAGAGUGCCUGUUGAUAUCAAAAAGAAAAUUGUAAUCUCUUCUUCAAAAGUGUGUGCACAUAUAGUAUCUCUUUAGUUUGGUUUUAAGUUUGCCUUUUUAAUAAGAUUUGGGUUUAAAUCUUUUUAAUUUUUAUGAAAAGUUGUUGGAUUAUUUUUAUUAUUUUUACUGUGUUGUAUGAAGUAAUAAAGUAUUAAUUUAAAAAUCUUAUAGGAGGAAAAGCUGUUUAACAGUUGUCUCCUGUGUCCAAAUGCUGUUUUGUCAGUAACCAACAAAGUUAUUGCAUGAUUUCUGCUGUGUAGGAGGAAUGAGAAACUAAUUCAGCUGAGCACUUAAGCAUGUACGUAACUUAAGUUUUGCGGCUAAAUUUACUGCUUGAUUCUACUAAAUCAGACUUGUAAACUUCAGGUCCUUUUAGAGAAAAUGUUAUAGUAAUUUAAGCAAAGGAGACAGUUUUACUUUAAACAGUGGAUUCCACAUCUGGAAUCCACUGGAAUGUGACACAGGUGUGUGUGGAAGCAUGAGGGUUUUUGGUUUUAAAUCAGUGUCAUAAAACUUGAAGAAAAAGAUAAUUAUGAAGCAAGAGAAUGGCAAAUUUUUUUACAGAGAAUGUACUGAGUUUACAUUUACACGUUUAAUUUUUUUCUUGGCUUCUUGCUCUAUGAGGCUGCUGUCUAAUGGAUUUAUUUGUUGAGAAGAUAGCAGUGUGACCAUAACUGUGAAAUGGUGUAUUAGAAACUCUUUAUGGGUGCUGUUCCAGAUAGGUUCAUUGAAAAUGGUUUUUAUUAAAAGGAGGACAGAAUUUGUCCCCAAAGUGUAGUACAAAGGUAGUGUACAGUUUUAAGUCACACAGUUUCCUUGAAAUUUUGGUGUCUGUGGCUUGUAUUAGACAGACAGAUGUUUGUUCUAUAAAAGCUGAGUGGCACCAGAAAUGAAAAUCCAUUGUCUGUUGGUGGUUUUUCCCACUGGUUACCAGCUUCACUGUAGCUGUUUGUGCGUUGUUUUUACUUUAAAUGUGCCUGCUUCAAGCCCUUCAUUUCCAUUAUGCUGGGUUCCCAGUUAAAACAGUCCCUUAGUACAUACUGUGUAGUCAUUUUUUAUCUUUCUCUUCUGGUAACUGAAACAGUUACAACCCUUAUUUUCCUUAAUGGUGUGUUUUCUUCCUGCUUCAGAUCCUUUUUGGCGAGUGAGUUAUGCAUCUUAUCUGGUGUAACAUAGAAGUACAUGUUAAGAUACCGGGCAGCUUUGUGAGCAUGGAUGCACAAGCCUGGCCCAAAGAAUUCAAAGGGAUUCAUGAAAGAAGACUUUUGCCCAAGGUCCACACUACGCCAAGCAACUAAUUUGGCGAUUGUCUGAAGCACCUUUCUGUAGGUGUGUGGUGGGCAUCCAUAAAAGCACUUUGUUGUGGAUGCCCAAGUAGACACAAACAGAGCUGAAAAAUUCAGCCUAUCCUAAUGUCUUCCCAAAGUUUCAUUUCUGAGCUAAUCAGUGUGUAUUAAUUACACACAUUUUUGUACACAUGCAAUGUGAGAUGCACUUAAAUGUGGAGGGGAGUUUAAAACCUGGGCCCACAGCACUACCUCACUUCUCCCAACUUCUAUGAUUGCCUUUUCUUAAUGGAUUGGUGCUCUAAAUCCAUUUCAGAGGAUGAGAGAGAAGAAAAAAACAAAUACAUUCUAUAAUUUAGAGAGUGAUAAUAAACCAUUAAAACAUAAAGGAGAUAAAAACAAUGAGAUAAAGGCAAAGAACUGCUCUCUGCUGAAUGCUGCUGCCAUUUGACUUUUGAGAAGUGAUUGUAACUUCUUAUAGCUUCAGUCUGUUAAUAAAAAGCUGAAAUGCCUCUCCCUAGUAGCAAGCUGAAAAGCAGCAGCAACUCCCCUGUCCUCAAGUCUUUUGUAUUUCAAAUGCUUUUGUAAAAUCACACAUCUGCUUCUAGCAGUUGAAAUGGUGUGGUGGUGAGGGUUAAGUGUAACUGUGUACACCAUUAUUAUAUUUUUACUUCUUAACUGUGACCGGUUUUAUGUAUUUAACAAGCAGAAAGUGCAGUGACUUCAUUUUCAGGUGUAUGGUUGCUUAGCAAAUGCCUCUCAGCAUAUCUGAUAUCACCAAAGUACCCCAGUGGAAUUCUCAGCUCAUAGUUUAACAUUACUUUCAUUUGUCCUAUACACCAUUUCACUUUUCACUUGUAAGAAGACUGUAAGCUUAUUCAUAAACAUUUUCAUAAAAAUAGAUUGAAUUUAUCAGAUGGGCUUUUUGGGGGGAGGAACCCAGAACUUCUUUUUUCUUCUUUGACCCAGAAAUUGCUUGAAAAAACUGAACUUCUAAACAAUAUCUGCAUUCCAGAUACUGCAGUUAAUGAAUUUUCGGACUUCUUCAAAAGGCAGAUGAUAACUGUAUUUUCACAUGCGGGCUGUCUUCCCUUUAUUCAUUGUAUAAGCAUGGGCUAGAAAAAUUGCCCAAAGCAAUUUUGUUUUCCUUGUCUUGAGGACAGAAAACACAAGGUAAAAAAAUUCAUGUUCCUUUUGUUUGUGUUAAAACUGCAGUGUAUUUCUGUGUGUGGAGUCUAAAAACAGUGGCUGUGAAUGUUUCUGUGAAUUUCAGGAGAUGCAUAGACUGUGUUAACAUGAGCACAGUCCUUUAUAACAGACACCAAGGAAAGGAAAACCUUUAAGUUGCCUUUAAUAAAAAUUAUUAUUUUUCUCAUGCUAAUCAGUGGAACAGCUGUAGCUUUUAACUAAGGCAGCUUGGGCUCUUUUUUGCAAAUGUGAAGGGGUCUCUGGUUUACUGAUAAAGUCAGGUCCUUUUUUGUUUGCUCCAGAGCCUGAUCUGUUCUGAUCUAGAGGUUCUCAUGGCAGAUCCAUUGACUCGAUUUGGGUACAAGUAGAUGAAUGGAGAACAAGACUGAGAGCUGCAUGAAUCCAACAGAUACAGUGUGAAAGCACUUUUUUUUUCUAUUUUAUUUUUAAUAUAAAUAUGUACAGAGCAUUUAUUAGAAUUGUAGCUGAUUUGAUUAGGGAUUUUAAUUGAAUUUACAUAAAAUUCAUGAUUGUUAUUUGUAGACCCUAAGUUUGCUUUGUAAGAUUUCAGUUUCUGGAGGAUUAUUUAACAGCGAUACUAAGAGAACCUUGGUCUCUAAGAUUGUUGUAAACAUCGUUGCUAAUAAAGUUUCCCAGAAAAGA